CACGUAAGAUGGAGGUGAUCAAGGUGACGGAGGCUCUCAUAGAUGUCAUCAACAACGGAGUUGAAGGAUACACAAAACUGUGUGAUCCGCAUAUGACCUGCUUUGAGCCAGAGGCGUUCGGCAAUUUAGUGGAAGGCAUGGAUUUUCACAGGUUCUACUUUGACAACGUACUGUCGAAGAACAACAGAGCGCGCAACACUACCAUCCUCCACCCUCACGUUCAUCAUGGCGACGACGCAGCCUGCAUUGCCUAUGUCCGCCUCACGUACAUAGACCGGAACGGCUUACCUGUAACAGCCCAGUCGGAGGAGACGAGAGUUUGGCAACGCAGGGACAACAAGUGGACUAGCAUUCACUUUCACCGAUCUGGAUCUCCGAGUGCCCCCUCCAAAUAG